UAAAAACAAUUGGACACAAAGUUCAGAGCAAUUGCAGCACCCACAGUGUCGUUUGUCUCGUGUUAUUACUGAACACAAAUCGAUUCUUCACCAAAACCCUUUAUCAUUCACUAUACAUACAUAGAUACAUAUAUAUUCCUCUCAUUAUAUUAUAUAAUUUACAAAAAUCAAUCAUAUUUGUUCCCCUUUCUCUCCAUGUCACAAUUCUUAAAGCAAUCACUCUGUUUUGCUUCAACUAAACGUCAUACCCUCCUCUAUUUCUCUCUCAUAACCCACUUUCUCACUCAUCACUAACUCAAACCAACCUUAAAUCUCAUCUGGGUUAUGGAGAAAAAACAUGGCUUUUUCACAACAUUGAAGGAGGAAGUCGUACGAGGUUUAUCUCCUGGAAGAUCACGUCACCGGAGUCCAAAACCGGCUCGGAGCCGAAGUGGGUCGCCGAAUUCGGGUCUGUUAAGGAGAAGAAAAGGUCACCAUAACCAUCAUUCGGGUCAACCCGAACCCGGGUUGUCAAGAUCCGGGAGUUUGAGACCGCUGGAAGCUUUGUCUCCGCUCCGAGAGGGUCCGGAUCCGAAUGAAAGUCCGGUGGAUGUUGCCGGAGAUUCGUCGGCGGUGGAGAGAUGGGGGCACUGGAUGAAGGGUCAGUUGUGUCGUGCUCCUGGUUCUGGGUCGGGUUCGGGUUCCGGGUCGGGUUCUGGGGCGUAUCAGCGGUCGGAUCUGAGGUUGUUGCUUGGUGUCUUGGGUGCGCCGCUUGCUCCGGUGCAUGUUAGCAACUUGGAGCCUUUUCCUCACCUCAGUAUUAAAGAUACUCCCAUUGAAACUUCAUCAGCACAGUACAUACUGCAGCAAUACAUGGCGGCAUCUGGCGGUCAAAAGCUACAGAACUCUAUUCACAACGCGUAUGCCAUGGGGAAAGUGAAGAUGUUGGCGUUUGAUAUAGAGACGGCUACGAAGGUGAUAAAGAAUAGAAAUUCAUCAAAAACCGCGGAGUCUGGUGGUUUUGUGCUGUGGCAGAUGAACCCUGAUAUGUGGUAUGUUGAGCUUGCACUUGGUGCAAGCAAGGUUCAUGCUGGUUGCAAUGGGCGGCUCGUGUGGCGGCACACACCUUGGCUUGGUGCACAUGCUGCUAAAGGGCCUGUUAGACCCUUGCGUCGCGCACUUCAGGGCCUCGAUCCACGAACGACCGCAAGCAUGUUCACAAACGCAAGAUGUACGGGCGAGAAGAAGAUCAACGAUGAAGAUUGUUUCAUCCUCAAACUCUGUGCUGACCCGCAUACAUUAAAAGCCAGAAGCGAGGGGCCCGCAGAGAUUAUUCGACACGUUCUAUUCGGUUACUUCAGCCAGAAGACCGGCCUCCUAGUCCACCUAGAAGACUCUCAUCUAACCCGCAUUCAAACCAACGGUGGAGAUGCUGUUUACUGGGAGACCACAAUCAACUCAUUUCUCGACGAUUACCGGCCCGUUGAAGGGAUCAUGAUUGCACACUCGGGUCGGUCCGUCGUAACCCUGUUCAGGUUCGGUGAAACCGCUAUGAGCCACACAAAAACCCGCAUGGAAGAGGCGUGGACUAUUGAAGAAGUUGCGUUUAACGUCCCUGGACUUUCAAUCGAUUGCUUUAUUCCACCUGCCGAGUUACGGUUCGGGAAUGUGAGCGAAGCGUGCGAAUUUCAAGAAGAUCGUGUCAAAACCGCUGCCAUGGCUGCCGCUGCUUAUCGGGCUAAAGUUGUGGCAUUAGAAAGAUCACGCGAUGGGACCGGUAAUAGCGUGUCGUUAAGGAGGGAUGUUUGAGAAUAAAGAAAAUCGGUGGCGGGGUUCGGGUUUGACCACCGAUACGGAUAGAUUUGACUUGGAUCGCGAUGGAAACUCGGUUGACGAUGAGCGAGUUUGCUUGAAUAUGUUAAUAUUUUGAGGAUUGAGCCUCUAAUGUGUUUCUCUCAGUCAAGAAGAGUUCUGUCAUCAAGUCAAAGGUUUUUCUCUUGGUUAAAAAGUUGGGUGGGCAAGAAAGAUCCGACCCGUGUAAAAUCUUGUUUUAAAGAUUCAACAUUUAAUAUGGUCUUUGUACAAUUAUGCAAAACAUAGUUCUAUUCAAGUUCUCAAUCUUUUUGUGGGUCAUUGGAAUUGUUUGACAAGUCAACCAUUGCAAACAUCCAUAUGGUCUAUUAUUGGUA